AUGGCACCGCUGCCACACAACAUCCAUCCGUGCCUACGCCUAGGACGCCUCCUCCUACCACUCCUCGUCGUGACGGCCGUCUCUGCCUCUGCGAGGACCUCGCCGGAGAGCGACUUGUACUCUCUCUCGAAGCUCAAGUCCUCCCUACUCUCCCGCAGCGCCCGCAACAGUCCCUUGCUCACCGACUGGGACAUCGAGACGUCGGCGUCUGGCGGCGUAUCAUCUCGGACGACCAAUUAUUGCAACUUCUCCGGGAUCACCUGCGAUGCCUCCAACAACCGCGUCGUCGCCAUCAACCUCACCGGCGUCCCUCUCAACGGCGGCGUGCUCCCAACCGAGAUCUCGCUGCUGGAUGCUCUCACCAGCCUCACCGUCGCCGACUGCUCCCUGGCAGGCCUCAUCCCCGCCAAGCUUUCCUCAAUGCCUCUCCUUCGCCACCUCAACCUCUCCAACAACAAUCUUGCCGGAACCUUAUCGUCUCCCCCAGACCGGUGGCACGCCAUGGACGACGCUGCGCCAGAGCCGUACUUCCCCUCCUUGGAGGUGGUCGACGUGUACAACAACGACCUCGCUGGCGCCCUCCCGCCGUUCGGCAGGUCGCACGCCAGGCUGCGGUACUUGCACCUUGGCGGGAACGUCUUCACCAGCAGCAUACCCGAGGCAUACGGUGACAUGGAGCAUGGAGGGACUCGAGUACCUGGGGCUCAACGGCAAGUCGUCAACACGCUUUCCGGCCGUGUCCCGCCUUCACUCCUCAAGGCUCAAGAGACUCAGGCAGAUUUCGGCGAGCUCGAGGCCCUCGUCGAACUUGACAUGUCCAGCUGCAAUCUCACAGGUCCUGUCCCUCCGGAACUAGGCAGUCUCACUCAGCUCGAAACACUCUACCUCAGCGGCAACGAACUGUCCGGUGGAAUCUCUGUCGAACUCGGCAACCUCAAAAACCUCACGAGCCUGGACAUCUACAGCAACAAGCUUACUGGACAGAUACCGGCGAGCUUCGCCGGCUUAACCAAACUGGAAGUGCUAAUUUUAUCUGAGAACAAUCUCCAAGGUGUGAUUCCGGAGCUUCUUGGGGAGUUGGCAGAAUUGGAAUACCUCGUGAUCGGAUCGAACAACCUUUCCGGGAAGCUCCCGGCAAACCUGGGCAAGAACAGCAGGCUGCUGCACCUGGAUGUCAGGGACAGCCAGCUCACCGGCGCUAUACCGCCCCACCUCUGUGCCGGAAGGCGGGUGCUUGCUAUCUUUCUGAUGGAGAACCAGAUUUCCGGGGCCAUCCCUGAAGACCUCGGCAACUGCAAGACGCUUGCCGAGGUUGGGCUAAACCACAACUUCCUCAAUGGUUCUAUUCCCGCCGGGCUCUUUGGUCUUCCUAGAAUCAACCGGCUGGAAUUGAGCAAUAACUUGCUCUCUGGUGAGCUCCCGGUGAUGAACCCCAGUGAGAGUUUGAACUAUUUGUCGGUGGCAUCGAACAACCUAUCCGGCCUUGUGCCACCAGAGAUUGGCCAUUUCAAGAAUCUGUCCUGGCUCAGCCUAAGUGCCAACGCACUCACCGGUGACAUUCCCCGAGAGCUCAGCCACUGUGACUCGCUAACCGUGCUCGAUCUCAGUGCCAACCAGUUUACCGGAGAGAUACCGAAGGAAAUGGCAAAUUUGAAGAUCCUCCAAAGUUUGAAUUUGUCUAGGAAUAGCAUUUCUGGUGAUCUUCCGAUGGAAAUUCUUCGUAUGCCUAGCCUCACCAUGCUCGAUGUGUCCUACAACAACCUCACAGGCAGUGUGUCACUGCCGCAACACGGGCUGCUCGCAUUUCAUUCAAACAAAAUAGAUUUUGAAGGCAACCCUGGUCUUUGUGUGGAGCACGUCACUGCCGCUUCGUGCCCCAUAUUGCUGCAGCGUUCACGCCGUUUCAAGACGAGGACGCUGCUGUGGCUCGUCCCAACUGCCAGCGCCAUGGUGGUGACUGUGUGCCUCGGACUAAGAUGGGCGCGCAGGGCGCAGCGGGAGACGGCGAAUCGUCGGCGGCCUACGGCGUGGAAGAUGACACGGUUCGAGAACAUGGACCUGGAAAUGGACGACGUGCUCGGGUGCCUCAGGGAGGAGAACGCCAUUGGCAGAGGAGAGUACGCGUACACGCUGCGGGUGGACGAGAAGACGGACGUGUACAGCUUCGGCGUGGUGCUGCUGGAGCUCGUCACGGGGCGCCGCCCGCUCGGCGACUUCGGCGACGAGAUCGACCUCGUCCACUGGGCGCGGGGCGUCGUGCCGAGACCCACGGACACGGCGGCAGUCCUGGCCGUGGCUGACCCCCGACUGCCGCCAGAGACGGCCGGCCUGAUCGCUCGCCUCUUCAGGGUGGGCAUAUCGUGCGUCCGUGAGAGCAGCCAGGCACGGCCCACCAUGCGUGAGGUUGUGCACGUCCUCUCCAGCUUCGCCGUACCACCUGUAGAUUCGCCUUCUUGA